AUGCUCGUGGCGCUGGAGCGGAAGGCCAAAGGCUUUCGUCUUGACACUACAAUGAUCAAGCCACGGAUGUCCAUUCCGAAGGAGUUCAUGCUGUCACCUUUGGGAUAUCCAGAUAAGUUUGUCCGGGUGGUUGGCAUGUCACUCUUUGUGCAAUCAAGAGGCGAUGCCAAAGCCGAAUUCUACGACUUCUUCAAGGAGGCGAAGUUUUCUCUCUGGUGGCUGCCUGAGGUGAACAACAUGUGCCGGAUCCGGCCACAGGCCACUGCUGGGGUAGGCCAGGAUGGAGGCUUAAACUUCAACUUUGCCCUCUCGCGGCAAGUCUCGGUCUCGGAGGUGAUCUUGAGCCCGGGGCAGAUGGCGGAGAGUGCACACUUCAUUGCGGUGGCCAGUGAUGUCUUCAAGGGCGCAUUCCGCUUCGAGUGCUACGCCUACCCGGGGCACUACCUGGCCUUCCUUCCGCCAACGCACUUGCGGGUGGUUGGAGGUACUGUGGAAGAGAAGACAGCCAUCGAUUUCAUGUUCCCGAGCUGA